GAAUCUGAAAUCAAGUGCUUUUGUCCUCGAGGCCGGGAUGGCAGUGAAUCUGACAACAAAGGCAACCCGCUCAAAUUCCUACUUGAUUGACUGGCAAUUUUCCGCAGGAAUUAUAUUUUUGUUCAAGUGUGACGAUCAUGAGACUAUAUAAACCUCGCAUGGCUGCUUCAAGGCAUACCCAGUAAUCCUGGUGGUUUCCUCCUCAAGACCUGGUGUCUUCAUAUUUACGUUUAAAGAAUACACAUCUAGACCCGGCCCCCCCUUCCACGGUUAGUGGCUUACGAAUAUCGUACGUUCGGCUUGGUUCUGGAACCCCUUUCUGAUAAUCGUGACUCGCUCGCUAUUACCGGCAACAGCUAACUUCGCCCAACUAAAAAAGGCUUGGACUCUUUACGACUUAUUACGGCUUCUCUCCUCGUCCUUCAUUCUUUCUUCUGGACCACCCAUUUGCUCCCCUCUCACUCUCUUACAACGAUGUACUUCCGUGACGGUCAUACCAAGCGGUUUCCAGACUACCUCAUCUUAAGAACGCCGAAGUCGGUUUUGAACUUUGUCUUCAGAGGAGUAUCAAGAAACGUUCUCCGGCACAUCCAUCAUUUACGAAUACAAUUUGACUUCAACUACGACGCCUGUGAUUAUGAACACGAGAUAUGGUCGAUAGCGAUUGGAAUCGUUCUUCGGAUCCUCCCGGAGCUCAAAGAUCUCGUCUUGCUCUGGAGCGGUGCUCCCUCCCGUGUAUUCAGAGGUGUACCGUUUCAACUGGAAGCACUCACAAGUACUGUGGAGGUGGACGAGGAAGCGCUCUUAUUCUUGCAUUCUCAGCCACAACUACGUCUUGUCGAGCUUCCUCAUUGGCGAACUGUUGAAUUCACCAAUCCUUCAUUUUCCCACCGCAAAUGUCGCUACCCCAUUUCCUUUGGCCGGAAAAUCCUCCGAUCCUCAUACCCUUUGAUCAACCCACAAUCAUAUCCGCUUUCGCUCUUUUCGGACGAAACGUUCCUUCCCAACCUGUGUGAGCUCAGCGUCCCCCCGUUGACCGCGCAGAUGCUGGUUCCUGGGCGACCCGUGCGUUCUGUUGAUAUCAGACUCACUCGAGGAGAGCGAGUCAGAAACUGGGACGCCCUAACGCGCGCGUUUAGCCAGUCAACGUGUCCCAUGGAUGAUCUUGCAAUUGCGACCCUGGACGAGUUUUCAUUUGAAAUGUUGGAUAGCCUGAGAUGGUUGCCGAGUUUGAUGACGCUUUAUGUGCGUGUGUUGGCCCCUGCACGCGUGGACUCGGUAAGUCGGACUAUCGUAUCAUUUUUCUUCCUACUUUCUCGCCACCCCUGAACCUAUUCAUACUGAUGUGAGCGCUUUUUUCAUUUUACUUUUCGCAUGAAAAUAGGACGUGCUCGAGUGGUCCCUCUGGGCGCCCUACUUCACUCCCCUCCCCUACCUUGAGAGUCUCAAAGUGGAGUUUGAUGCGCGUCACCUUACCCGGGUUCAUCCUCAGUGGCCGGUGCCAACUCUCAAGUGCAUCCGG